AUGAAAUUGAAAAAUAUAAUUUAUAAAAUAACAUUAAUUAUAUUUAACCAAACAAGCCUAAGUAGAAGAUUAGAAUAAGAUAAAAAAGUAAGACAGAAUUAAAUUUUGGAAUUGAUUAAAAUAUUUGAAUAAGUUUAAUACAAAUCGAUAUUGCAUAAUAAUUUUCUUAUUAGCUUAAACAGGCAACUUUCGAUUUUUCACGUGUGAUAAUACUAGAGAAUAGUGAAAAAGAUUAUAUUCAAUUAAAAUAAGAUUAAAUGGUACUAAAGGUAAUUUCAUUAAUAUAAAUUUAGGACAAUUUAUUAGAUAGGUUCUAUUAUAAGGAAUAUGAUUCCAUUAGAGUUGAUGGCUUUGUAUAUGUCUAAAUUAAAUGAAAUAACUAUCCAAACUUUUUUGGAAUCAAAUAAUAGAUAAUUUCCUUAUAAGAAUAUCUCAUAUAUAUAUAAGCAUAGAGAAUAGUUAUGGAUAAAGAUAUUACUUAAAAUAUAUAAGGAACGGAGUAGGAAUCAAUUGAUCAUUUAAAAAUCAAUUCAUAAAAAGAGUAUGUUUGAAGUAGAAAAUUAUAAUUGUCUUGACUAAAAUAAAUCUACUGAUUUAAUGGUAACUUAAAUAAAAUCUGAAAUAAUAUAAAAAUAGACUGAAUCUCUAUAAACAAAAUCUACAGUAAUAAAAACAGAAAAAUUAGAUUUUUUUCCAUUAGAUGAACCCAUAUCAUAAUUUGAAGAAUUCAUAGAUUAUGUAUUAAUUUAUAUAAUAUUUUAAGAGUUUCGAAUAUAAUAAAAAGUAAAGAGAAUUUCUUUGAGCAAAAUGAUUUUCCUAAUAUUCAAGAACUUUAAAUUAAUUAAAUUAUAUAAAAUAAUCAACAAGAAAAUUAAUUUGCAAAUAGUCUAUUGAAUCAAGAAUUUCUGAUAGAUGAACCUAAGGAUGCUCUUAAAUAAAAUGCUUAAAUAAGAAUUUUAGAUUCUUAGAUUCAAGAAGAGGAAUAAAAAUAUUAUGAUAAUGAAUGUAGUUUCUAAGUUUAAGAAUCAAAUUUAAUAUUAAGUAAAAAUAAAAAUGAAAUUUUUGAAGAUUAAGUAAAUGAUUAAUUGGCAGAAUUUGCAACCUAAAUAUAACAAUAUUAAUCAAAUCAUAAUUAAAGUUUAAAUAAUGAAACCUAAAAUAUUUCUAUUCAUCAAUUUGAAUAAUAAAUAUAUUGA